AAAUAAAUAAAAAAGAUUUUAAAGAAAUGGAUAACAAAAAAUCGUUAUACGAGAGAUUUGGAGGUGAUCAACAAGUGUCUGAAUUAAUUGAUUAAUUCUAUUAUAAAGUCUUGUUUGAUAAAUUAUUAAGAGAUAAGUUUCUUAAAGCUGAUAUGAGUCGUGUCAGAUACUAAUAGAAGAGAUUCUUCUCUUAAAUGAUGGGUGAUAAAAAUACUCAAUAUACUGGCAGGUAUCUGUUAUCUAAAAAACAUUUAGAGAUCUGGUUGAAGUUCAUAAAGGUUUGAAUAUAACAAAUUAGCAAUUUGAUAAAUUUAAACAUCAUCUCAAAAGCAUUGCUUCGGAUAUGGAAGUAGGCGUAGCUGAUUUAGAGGAAUUACUUGAUUAUGUUGAAAAACACAGAGAUUUUAUUGUGUUUAAUAAAGUAGCAUGACAAGCAUAAGUAUAAAUAAACCAAU